AUGAACGAGCACGAGGAGAUCUUUGGCAGUUUGGCCAAAACACAGGCAGUGGCGUUCGGGCAGCUUCUGACAGCACCAUCCAAUCAGGAGGAGCAGCCGCUGAAGGCUGCAAAACUGGACGGGGGCAAGAGAGGUCGGCAGCAAUGGGGCGGGCAAAACAACAGCCAACCCUCGCGGCCCUCUGGGGGAAACAGAUUCGGGGGCAACCAGCCUCCGAAAGCCAAAGGCCAGGCUGCUCUGAUCAAGGCCAUGGGCCGUCUUCUCAUCAGACAAGAGACAGCAAUACAAGUGCUCAAGCAGAACUCGGCAUGGCAUGUAUAUCUGCAGCCGGGCCCACAGGGGCCGAUUCCCCUGCUCUUUCAGGCAUCCGAGGCGUAUCGCAACGAAGCCAAGAGCAAGCCUAUGGACAUUCCACUACGAGCUCAGCUCCUGCACACCCUUUUUCAGACAGUCCUUCAUUGCCUUCAGGCUAUGUCAGCAAGCGAGGAUCAGCAGAAGGCGGCUCAGGCCAAAGGAUGGAUGACUGCAGAGGGGAAGUGGGUAUACCAACGCUGGGAUCCAGCGGGUCAGGUACUGGUGGCGGACACAGAUCGGGCCCCCAUGGCCCACCAAGACCUUGUGGGGUUGAUGGGCUCAAUGGCCGAGGCAGUCAAGAAGAAGGACAUAAUCCACAGGUUCAACGCCACGCAUACUGUGACAGCGGAUCAGGUGGGUACGUCCAAGUUCCUCCUGGAGGUUGGGCUUCGAGCCCCAGGAGUCAUGGAUGUCUGGCAGGGCCUAGAGCAGAUGCAGAACUUGUCGGCUCUGCAACUAUGUGGGAUGCAGCUACGCCGGGAUGGACUUAGCCGCUCAGACUUGGCGAACGACAUUCAAAAGAUGCUGAACGAGUGCUAG